CUUAAUAACAUGAUUGAAUCAUAAACAAUGCAAUACUGGGUGAGGCAAGGGGAGAUUUAUGUAAUUUUUAACGAACAAAAACUAUGUGUUUAAGUUUGAUACGUGGGUCAUAAAAAAACAAGCUCUUUUAAGUAAAAAGAAAAAAAAAGAAAAAAGAAAGAAAGAAAAAAGAUAAGGUUUUAAAUAAGCAAAUAUUAAAAGAUGCAAAAAAUAAAUCUGUUUCAGACUAAAUAACAAAACACGGUUUAGGAUUAUUGUUAAUUGCAUAUUGAGAAAUAAAUAAGUUGAAUUACAAAAGCCAGUUGCAUUCUGCAUUUCUGAUUGAAAUGAAUUAAUAAGUCUUCAUGACAUGGUCGAAUAUAAACAUCUCCAAGAAGAAAUCGAAUUUGUGAAGAACAAAUGUAAAAUGGCAGAUAACCUAAUGAAUUUCACAGAUUUAUCAAAUGGCACAUGUCAGCGUAAUAAAUUUGCACAUUACUCAAAUGAUACACUAGAUGAUUCGACUGAUAUUGAAAUCACUUACAAGACUGAAAACAAAUUGGAAGCGAUACGCAGGAAGAAAAUUAAACAACAUGCAAAUUUUUUCAUAGAAAAUAGCACAUUACAUGGCUUCCAUUAUUGUUUUGAUAAAAAACAUAAAAUCCGAAGAAUUAUUUGGAUUUUGCUUGUUAGUGCAUCUGUUGGUUUUCUAUUAGAAAAACUUUAUCAAAGUACAGUGAAGUUUUUUGAAUUUCCAUUCAGCACUACAACAUCAAUAACAUAUACAAGCGAAAUUGAAUUUCCAGCAAUAUCUUUAUGCAAUUUAAAUGAUUAUCGCACAUCGAAAAUGGAAGGAAAAUUGUUGCAUACCUUGUUAAAAACAGAAGAAAGCAAACGUAAUUAUUCUGCAAUAUCUGGCGAAGAGUAUGCAGAAACAACCAGAGGUGCAAACCACAGGCUUAGUGACAUGUUGUACAGCUGUGAAAUAGAAAAUCGGCAAUGCACUUAUAGUAAUUUCUCCAUAUUCUAUCAAACACAAGGAGAAAGGUGUUACACCUUUAACACGGGAGAGAAAGCAGACAUUAUUAAAGUGGGUGGUACUGGAUCUGCAAAGGGCUUAGACAUCAUUCUAAAUAUAGAACAUUACGACUACUACCAUGAUACAAAGGAUUCUGGGAUGCGCUUGAUCAUACAUGAUCAGAACGAAACACCAGUCAGAAUGCAAGGAAUAACAUUGACACCUGGAUUUACUUCGUUUGUACAAACAAUGAAGAAAAAGACGACCAAUUUGCCGAAACCGUAUAAAACAGCAUGCGGAGCAAGACCACUAAAAUACUUUCGCCAUUACUCAAAAAACACAUGUUGGUUGGAACGGUUGACAGACUAUUUGGUUGAAAAAUGUCGCUGCAAAGAUGGUUUUAUGCCAGGAAAUGCAAGAGUAUGUUCUAUUCAUGAACUUCAAACCUGUGCUUGGCCAAAUUGGGAGAAGUUCAAACAUGUGGAAGACAUAAAUUGUCCAAUCGCAUGUGAAGUAAAUUAUUUCGAUACUCUUGUUUCCUUUGCACAAUUCCCCUCAAAUAAGUUUGCUGAUUUCAUUGCAGCUGACUUCAACUUAACAGGGAACACACAAGAGAAUCGAGCCUUUGUCAGGGAUAACUUUUUGAGAGUGCUAAUCUACUUUGAACACAUGAGUGUUCUCCAAAUGGAGCAAACACCAUCAUAUGAUUUAAUGAUCUUUCUGGGUGAUAUUGGAGGCCAGUUGGGACUGUUCCUUGGAACAAGCAUUCUUACCUACAUUGAGUUUUUUGAUGUUUUGGCAAUGAUUAUAUACACAAAGUACUUUGAAAUAUUCAAAGCGAAACCAAGAAUAUAAGAAGAUGACAAUUAUAAGAUUUGUAAUUUCAAAAUAUUUAUGUAAAUAAAAUAUAUUAUACAUAGUAAUGCAACAUGAUGUAUACGAGAAAUAAAUUUAUUGAAGUUAUAUAACUGAUAGUAACAAUAUGAUCCUAUUGUUA